AGCCGCCAGCCUUAGCUCGAAGGUUGCGAGGUCUCUCUCUCCCUCUGUCUCUUCAGCGGCUGGGCUUCUGGCCGCGGCUGCGGGAGCUGCAAGGGCGGUUAUAGCCGUGGUGCGGCGGGCCGUGCCCGAAAGAGCGGAAAGGCGCGAGGUGCCCAGCCAGCUUCGACGCCGGGUUGGCUCGCCUUGCUCCAGUGUCCCCCGAACGGCUGAGCGCCACGCAGCGGGCAGGAGCCUGUUGGGUGGGUCUCCCACCUGCCGACGACCAUGGCCGGGUCCGAGCAGGACGGCGGCACCGGAGAGGCGCCGCUGCCCUUCGAGGACGCCGAGCUAGCGCUGGCUGGGAUCAAUAUGCUGCUCAACAACGGGUUCCGGGAAUCCGACCAGCUCUUCAGGAAAUACAGAAACCAUAGUCCUUUAAUGAGUUUUGGAGCCAGCUUUGUCAGCUUUUUGAAUGCUAUGAUGACGUUUGAAGAAGAGAAAAUGCAGUUGGCAUGUGAUGAUUUAAAAGCUACCGAAAAAUUAUGUGAGAGUGAAGAAGCAGGAGUCAUAGAAACAAUAAAAAAUAAAAUUAAGAAGAAUGUUGAUGGAAGGAAAACUGCCCCAUCCAUGAUGGAUCGAUUGCAGAGGCAAAUCAUUGUGGCAGACUGUCAAGUUUAUCUUGCUGUGCUCUCUUUUGUAAAACAAGAAUUAUCAGCUUAUAUAAAAGGUGGGUGGAUCCUUAGAAAAGCUUGGAAAAUCUACAAUAAGUGCUAUUCAGACAUUAAUACACUUCAGGAAUUAUAUCAGAAGAAGAUAACUCAGGAAUCUUUGACUUCUGAUGCUACAAAUGAUAAUCAUAUUGCUGCAGAAGGUGUUACAGAGGAUUCACUUAACAGACUGAAAGGUGCUGUUAGCUUUGGAUAUGGACUUUUUCAUCUUUGCAUAUCCAUGGUGCCCCCAAACCUGCUCAAAAUCAUCAAUCUACUGGGUUUUCCUGGAGACCGCCUGCAGGGGCUUUCUUCAUUGAUGUAUGCAAGUGAAAGUAAGGACAUGAAGGCCCCUUUAGCUACGUUAGCCUUGCUGUGGUACCACACUGUGGUUCGCCCUUUCUUUGCUUUGGAUGGCAGUGAUACCAAAGCAGGAUUGCAAGAGGCUGAAGAGAUUCUUCUGAAAAAAGAAGCUGCUUAUCCAAACUCAUCUCUCUUUAUGUUUUUCAAAGGCAGAAUACAGCGUUUAGAGUGUCAAAUCAACAGUGCCUUGACCUCCUUCAAUACUGCUUUGGAACUUGCAACUGAUCAGAGAGAGAUUCAGCAUGUCUGCCUCUAUGAAAUUGGCUGGUGCAGCAUGAUAGAAAUGAACUUCAAGGAUGCUUUCAAAUCAUUUGAACGUCUUAAAAAUGAAUCAAGAUGGUCCCAGUGUUAUUAUGCCUACUUAACAGCAGUGUGUCAAGGAGCUACUGGUGAAGUGAAUGGUGCACAGACUGUUUUCAAGGAAGUCCAGAAGCUUUUCAAAAGAAAAAACAAUCAAAUUGAACAAUUCUCAGUCAAAAAGGCAGAGAGAUUUAGGAAGCAAAAACCAACCAAACAACUUUGUGUAUUGGCAUCCAUCGAGGUACUAUACUUAUGGAAAGCUCUUCCAAACUGUUCAUUCACCAAUCUACAGCACAUGAGUCAAGCUUGCCAGGAAAUUGAGGAUUCAACAGUUGUUGGUUUGAAGAACUUGCUACUUGGUGCCAUACAUAAAUGCUUAGGAAAUGCUGAAGAUGCAGUUCAGUUCUUUCAAAGAGCCCUUAAAGAUGAAAUCUGCCGCCAGAACAACCUGUAUGUUCAACCAUAUGCUUGCUAUGAACUUGGCUGUCUUUUAUUAGAAAACCCUCAGUCUGUCCCAAGAGGUAAGGUGUUACUGCAUCAGGCAAAGGAAGAAUUCACAGGGUAUGAUUUUGAGAACAGGUUGCAUGUUCGCAUCCAUGCAGCAUUAGCCUCUCUGCGAGAAGUUGUCCCCCAGUGAUGAACAGAAAGGCUCCCAUCUUUUCUUUUUCGACUUUUGCCCUCGAAGGACAAAGCUGUCAGGAAGAUCAGCUUUCCUCCAGAAAACCAUCCUGUGCAAGAGAUGUUUUCCUAAAGAUGCAAAGCUGGUGAUGAAAAAAUGUUAACAAUCUCAACAAUUAAGGACUCAGUCAAAAAGGUUAAGUGACCUUAGGCUCAAACAACUGGUGAUUUCUCAUGUAUAUGUCCUUUUUAAAUUCGGGGAAGCUAGACAUUAUGUUCAAGCCCAGCCACACAGACAGGGGAUGGUUCUGGAGAAUUCCUUUGAAUAUUAAAGUCCUUUAGUUCCAAUGCUUAGAGAUGUCUUUUUUGUUGUUGUUUUUUGUCAAGCUGGAAAUCAUAGCCUGUGGUUGUACAAAUGAACGAACAAUGAGCACACACUGAUUUUCUCUAUCAAUAUUGGCUUGAUUUCUAUUAUUUUUCCCAUUUCUGAAUAGCUUAACUAUUCUUCUAUUGAAAGGAACCCUUUUCAUGGAAACAAUAUUAUAAAGUUGUUUCAGUAUGGUAUAGAAAUGAAUAGUUAUAUUCAAAAGCCAAUGGAUAUAGAGCUGGAAAAUUGCCUGGUGCAUUUACAGCACAACAAACCUGCCCAUGGAACUUUUCUUGGUCAUACAGAUAUAUGUAAAUAAUGAGAUCUGCUCCCAUAUUUAUUUUAAAUUAUGAGAAUAUAUUUAGAAACUUUAUUUUUUAGCCAAAUGUUUAUUUUUUAAAUCCUUAAGCAUUGUGUUAAACAUUUGAUACCUAUUUAAAUGGUAGUGUGGAUAAUUGGUUGUCAACAAGGGAUUUGUGAAUCAUUCAUGUUGCUAAAAUGUAGGUUAAAUAUGAAAAACUUGCCUUCUGGCAUUUUAAACCUAUAGUAUCCCUCCUUCUGGUUUUAGAACUUUUAAAAUAAUAUAACACAGUAGAAGUUUAUUCAAUUUUCUGACUUUUAAAAUUGUCACACAUUAUUUUAGUGUGUAUGUAUUUUUAAGGCAAAUAUUGUUUUUUGAAAAACAAUUUUUAGCAUAGUAGCUUUUCCUAUAUAUUGUGAAGCUUUUUUUAAUGGCAUUAAAGCCUUAUUUUCAAUUUCUGAAAUUUCUCUUUCACAACUCUGGAUUCUCACCUGAUCUGCUAAAUGCUUUAUCUUGUUUGUAGUUCACUUGAACAAACAAGCUCCAAAGAGCAUUAAGAAAGAGAAAAAGAUUACAAUUACAUUCACAAGGACUUCCCUGUUCACUUUCAGCAUUGGGUAAUGCUGGCAUGAGCACACACAGGAUAGUUCCUGUCCUGUGUUAUGAGCUCAGUGCUUGGAUUAUCAAAUGUGAAUUGGAACCAAAUGACCAAGUACAUCAUGUAACUGCUAAAUUGCAUAGCCUGUUUCUUGCUACUCUCCCCAAAAGUACUUAGUGGUUAUUAUAUCAUCUGUGCUCUUUUUAAAAAAAAACUAUAUUCUGUGAACAAUUAACUCAAACUUGAUUGUCAAACCUUCUUGAUUCUAUUGCUUUGGCGAUAUUUUGUUCUAAAUGUUUAGUUCCUUUUUUGUAUUUCAGUUUACAUUGGUGUUUGUAGUCAAUUUUCAGUGGAAACAAGAUAUGAUUGUCCAUACAUUUUGCCCUUUAAAACCAGGAAUUACCAGAGAGACUGUUCUUCAGUAUGGUGCCCAUUCCAUAUCAUCAUCAUCAGAAUUACAUCAGAGCUGCCAUUUCUUAGUCUGAUUCUAAUCCUGAUUCUGGCCUUCUCUGUAGCAGCUCCAGACUUUUGGGACCUGCUCCCUACUGAGAGAGGAGGAUUAACCUAAUUUGCAGCCUUUUAAAAAGGCUUUUACACACAACUGCCUUGUUCCUAACUAUUUUAAUAGUGGCAAUUUAUUAAUAUUUUAUUUGUUUAAGUAUUUUUACCCCAACAUUUUGAAAUAAAUAACAAAAUAAAGCAAGAUAAUUAAAUACUGUAUAAAUUCUAAACCAGUUGUGUAAUUCUAGUCAGGUAAAUCAUUAGAAUAAAAAAACAUAGGAAAUUUUAACACAGAUAUAACUUUUGUCUUGCAAAUAAAAACAUCCAAGCAAGCAUCUUAAAUCCAAAACAUCUUGCAAAAUCAUCUUCAUUAACUUUCUUAAAGAUAACAAUGCUCCAGGAUACUGUGACCCAUAGAUUUCUGUGGAGAAAUUAUUUCACAACGAUGGCAGCCAUUGAGAUAGACUGUUUCUAGGAUCAUCCACAUGAUCUCCUGAGACAAAUAGGUGGAAUGGACAGUUGCCAAGCAAAGCGUUUAUAGGCCAGAAACAGCGAUUUGAAUUAUCUUUUGAAAUUACUUUGAAACAACACAGUACCUGCAAGAGUGAAGUUACAUGGCUGAAGAAGCUUUCACUUCUCAGCAGUUUGCUAGUAGUUUUGGGGAUAGGCCCAAAUAAAGUGCAUUGCUACCCCAUUUUGAAGGGAUGAGGGCACAAGCCAUGCAUGUCAAAACCUUCUGCUCCAAAAAGGGCCUCAACUGGUCCAUCAGUCAAAGUGGAGCAAAGGCCAUGUCUUCUAUCUGUGAAUCAUAUUGUGGCUAUGACUUCAAAAGUCAUGAACCUGCUUUUUAAAGUGGAAUGCAACCUUAUCUGCAGCCAAUAUAAUCAACAAAGGACCAGAUUGCUUCUGGACUAGCAAUACCUUACUCUUAUUGGACUUAAAUUUCAGCUUGUUUCAACUGUCAAUCCCAUAUAGACUAUGGGCACCAUAUGAGGAUUACCAGGGCAUCAAUAGUUUGGCCUGAGAUUGAGUUUACACCAUGGAAUAUUAACAUAUUGAUGGUCCCUCAUCCAGAAAUGAUCUCUUCUACUGAUUUUAUAGAAAUGCUAAACACAGAGCCAAGAAUGACACGAAGUAAAUGAAAGGGCUAGCUGAACUUUAGCACUAAUGAUUGGAGCUACACCUACAGAAUGAAGUGGACAAACAAAACAAUGCAACAUACCCCAAAAUAAUUAGACAUGAAGAAACAUAUGGGAAGAUCAAUCUAUGUCUUAAAUAUGUGUCUAUAAGAUGGUCCAGCAGAAAAGCAUGGAGGGUGUGAAUGCUUUUGAGAGGUCUGUAGGAUCAGGAGAAUUGAACUUUCUAUCUGGGUGGUAACAAAGAUCAUCUACCAGAUGUCCUAUGCUGUUUUCAUCUUCAUUAAAAGGGAAGAUGAGUGUAGGUGGAAGUUAUGUAAUACAUUACUUCCUCUGUUUCAUCCCCCAGAAUUUUUGAUACAUGAAUAGGUAAUCAAAGGAGAGGGAAAGGCUCUUCAGGAUAUCACAUCCAGUAUUCUCAUCUCAGUUUCAAGCUUGACUAGUUCCAUAGCAGAACUAUCUACCAAAAAUCUAUAAGCAGCUACUGAAAAGGAUACAGUGUUAAGUGUUCAGGUAGCCCAUUCUAAUCAGUCCUUAGCCUUUCAGAUGUCACUCGUGCCAACAGGGAACAUAUUGACUGGGAAGUGAUCUGAGCAUGAUAAAAGCCUAUUGCAAUAUUCUUCAUAACCUCAGCCAUCUGCUCUGGGGUGAAGAAAAAUGGACCUAACAUCAGUAGCAGUCGGAAGCCAAAGCGUCCUUCAAUCUGGCCUCCUGAGCUCAGGGAAAGGACAUCUGAAGAAAAAGAGACAGACCAAGUGGACAAUCCCCCUUCUCUAGAAACAGCUUCUCCUUUCAUAGUUCCCAUUGUUUAUCACUUCUGGUAAUUUGCCUCAUUCUCACCCUCAGUGGGAUCAAGGGCCUAUCCUCACCAUUGUUCUUUAGGAUCUUCCUAACAAGAAACUACUAUUUCCUACCCCUCCAACACCUGAUAUGAACCAUCUGUCUGACCAAUGACACCUCUGGAUUAUCCUUCUUCAAAAUCCUCACAUCCAACUACAAAACAAAUCUCGCAACCCUGAAGAAACUUGAAAGCUGUCAGGUACAACAAAAGUUCACUCUCCCUGCUUAACUCACCCAAAGUUUACUUGCCGCCAAUAAUUGCUUAUCCCAAAAGUUCCUUACUCAGAUAUAGCAUAUUUUAGUCAGAAUGCUAAACAUUCACCAGAUUUUUGGACAGUCAAGUUUAAUCAGCAUUUUAAAUCUGGUUUUAGCAGCAGACCUAUCUAUAUAUUUAUGAGACCUAAGGGGCUUUUGAGUGCCCAAACCCAAAGCAACACCAACCAUCCUGUUUUUGGAAACUUAGGUAGCUAAAAUAAGAAAAAAAUCAUUUGAUGAUGAGAAUAUAGGAUGGGGCAAGUUAAUUUUGAAAAUAGUUUUGAUCAGCUAAAAUUUAUAGAUAUAUAUCUGCAUUUUUUUCUUAACAGUUUCUUAUUAGUACAAGCAACUUUUUUCAACAUACAGUCUUUUACAAAACAAAUCGCUAAAUAUAUAUAAAUAUAUAACCCCUUGUUAUGGGGUUAUAACAAAAUUUCCUAAAUGUCUUGUGAUUAUGUGCCAGCAGGGAUGUUUGCAGACUAUGGUGAAAAUAUUCAAGGUGGUAGCCAUGGUGUGUGAUCAAAGAUCCACUUGUUUUUAUAGGUGCCGGAUUGAAUAAAAUUGGGUGAGGCAGUAUCAUAGUGGCCCUUCUUGAUUUUUUUUCUAAACUAUACCCUGCAAAUACCCCUGUAUGCCAGGAAAUGUGUGAACAAGAUAAAUUUGCAAAACUUGUAUACUCCCAUUUUGGAGCCAUUGGCUGGUUCCUUCAAAAACCAUAGUUUUAUAGAGCCAGUGUUACCUGGCCAUGGAUAUGCUUCUGUCACUAUGUCUGUUCUGAGAUGCAUCAAUCUUGCAAGCAAAAUGGCUGUCUAAUAUAUAAACAGUAGCUUUCUGCUCCAUCCACCCAAGUAUUCCCAUUCCUACUAUUACUUUCCCCAUAUAUACAUUCUAGAAGAAACUUCUUGUAAACAUAAAAGGUAUUUUUAUAUUAGAUUAUGCUGGUGAUGAGAACAAUCGUGACUGUAUUUUAUGUAAUCAGAAUGUUUUUAUACUUUAUAGCUCGGAGGCAUGAUCUAAUAGCAAUAAUUGAUUAAGCAUCUCAUAGGGUUAAUAUAUAUUUUAAGAAUUUUACCAAGGCAGAUAUAUUUUUGUUGUUGAAACUUUUUACUGCAUCGGUGAAUAACUUGAAGUUUUACAUGUCACUUUAGAUUGUUUUCUAUAAUAUACUAUAGGUCUCAUUUAUUUAACAUUAAAAAAAAUAUUUCUGCUUAGUUAAAUUAAAAUUUGAUAUUUUCCUGUUUCAAUGUCUUAGAACCAGGAUGAGUAACAUGAUUUUCUUCUGAUGUUGUUCUCCAACUCCCAUCAGCGGUAGUUAAAAAGGCUAGUUAUGAGGGAUAAUGGGAGUUGCUGUUGGAAAAAAAAAGGGAGGGCCAUUCUGGCCUACAACCAGUAGUUUUCUGAUUUCAAUUUAUUGCAUGUUUUUCAGGGAUUAAAUAUUUAUGAAGGAGAAUUCUUACUUAUGGCACUAGUUAAUGUUGCACAGGAGAAGCAUAGAAUGUAUCUUAAUACUGUAAUCCUUGCUUAAAGCAACAGAAGCGGCUCUUUCAAAAUAGAGGAAAAGCAGGGAAAAUAUAUGGGGGGAGAUCUGCUUUUCCUGAUGCUUUUUUCCCCACAGGAAACUAUUUGGGCAGGUUAAAGACUCUUCUAACUUAUUGGUAAGAAAGCAGCAGGAGGAAAGAUUUGAAUGUGGGGAAAAUCUUCCUCCCUCCCUCUCCCUCUCUCUCUCCCUCCCCCCGCCCCUCUCUCACACACAGACACACAGACACCAUAUAAAUCUCAAUUCUUCAGGACACUGAGUAAAUAGCAAUAGAAAUAGCAGUUAGACUUAUAUACCGCUUCAUAGGGCUUUCAGCCCUCUCUAAG